ACUUGUUGCACGAUGGAAGACUCUGACUCCGAGAAAAAGAUGGAGAAAGAGAAUCUGGGGCCAAGAAUGGAUCCUCCAAUGGGGGAACCGGAGGGAUCGCUUGGGUGGGUGCUGCCAAAUACAGCCAUGAAGAAAAAGGUGCUGUUGAUGGGUAAAAGUGGGUCUGGUAAGACCAGCAUGAGGUCUAUUAUCUUUGCAAAUUAUAUUGCCAGAGACACACGUCGCCUGGGUGCAACAAUACUAGACCGUUUACAUAGUCUUCAAAUUAAUAGCAGUUUGAGCACCUACUCUCUCGUAGACUCUCUUGGAAAUACAAAGACAUUUGAUGUUGAACAUUCUCAUGUUCGAUUUUUGGGAAACCUGGUAUUGAACCUAUGGGACUGUGGUGGGCAAGACACUUUCAUGGAAAAUUAUUUCACUAGCCAGCGGGACAACAUCUUCCGAAAUGUAGAAGUUCUGAUUUAUGUCUUUGAUGUGGAGAGCCGUGAACUGGAAAAGGACAUGCACUAUUACCAAUCAUGUUUGGAAGCCAUUCUGCAGAACUCUCCAGAUGCCAAAAUCUUUUGCUUGGUGCACAAAAUGGAUCUGGUACAGGAGGAUCAACGGGACUUGAUUUUUAAAGAACGAGAAGAAGACCUCAGACGUUUGUCUCGUCCACUGGAAUGUUCUUGUUUCCGAACAUCUAUCUGGGAUGAAACUCUCUAUAAGGCUUGGUCCAGCAUUGUUUAUCAGCUGAUUCCCAAUGUUCAGCAGCUGGAAAUGAACCUAAGGAAUUUUGCUGAAAUUAUCGAGGCUGAUGAAGUGCUUCUGUUUGAGAGAGCUACUUUUCUGGUGAUUUCUCACUAUCAGUGUAAAGAGCAGCGUGAUGCCCACAGAUUUGAGAAAAUCAGCAACAUUAUUAAGCAAUUCAAGCUGAGCUGCAGCAAGCUAGCUGCUUCUUUCCAGAGCAUGGAAGUCAGGAACUCCAACUUUGCUGCUUUCAUUGACAUCUUUACAUCCAACACUUAUGUGAUGGUCGUGAUGUCUGAUCCCUCCAUUCCUUCUGCAGCUACUCUGAUCAACAUCCGAAAUGCCAGGAAACACUUUGAAAAGCUGGAAAGAGUGGAUGGACCAAAGCAGUGUCUUCUUAUGCACUAAACAUUGCCAAAUGUUUUUUCAGGAGAAAAAAAAGUAGAAAUGCUGUUUCUUUAAUUGAUGUUAGUGUUGUUUUCAUAUAUUUAGGUUCUGAAAUGUGAUACUUGCCAUUUCUGUAUUUCUUCCCUUAGAUCCAGUCUUAACAUUUAACCUUGAUGAUAUUUACUCAGAUAGCCUGUGAGGAGUUAGGUGAGCUGUCCAUGGAGUUGGUAUAACAUAAAGUGUUUUGAUAGCAAGGUUCUAAUAGUCUAAGUGUUCCGAAAACCUGAUUCCAGUAGUUACAUAUGCCAAAGCCUUUCCCAGUAUUGUCUUGUAUUUGUUAUCAGAUAAUAACCUACAAGUUUGGAACAUUAAUGUUUUUUCAGCAUGCAUUAAAAAUAUUCCUUAACUUCAAUUGUAAAUAAACUUUUGCUGUUAGGGAUUUCAGUGUCUGUUUUCUUGUCCUUGUUUCAACUCUGCCAUAGAAAAAGCAAACAAAUUUCACAGUUAACUUACGUAAAGGAAACCUGCUGGUUGGGAAAUAGUACAAAAUAAAAUUGAAUUUAGAUGUAAUAUGACAGGAAAUAGGAAACCACAGUAAGCUUUUGAAUAGGGAAGUUAUAUGAAAGCAAUUUUGAAAGAAAAUCAAGCUAGACUAUCUGGGCUGAGUGAUGGUAGUCAGGGAGGCUCUAGUAGUAAUUCAGGCCUGAAGUGUGUUGAAAGCCUAUUCCAGGAUGCAACUGGAGAAGGAAUGAAUAAAAAAUGGAAGGAAAAUAGGUAAGAUUUAUGAAAAGAAAGUCUUUCUUUGAGGUCCAGGAGUAAUCAGUUAAUUUUAUAUAUUCCAUAACACCUAAUGAGAUGUGCCUUUAUUAUGCUAGUCAAGCAGUAUUAAAAUCUUUUUAAAUCUGGUGCUUGUGUUUGACUUCAUCCCCUAAGGAAAAGAUGAAGCAUUAAGAACUGGAAGAAAUGGAGCUUGACAACACUAACCAGAAUUACUCAAAGCCCUAACAUUUCUAGUUUCCAUACAUAGGAUAACAACAUAAAAACAUUUAGGGAAUCUACAGCACAGUAAAACAAAACAAAACAAAAAACCCACCGUUGUCAAGUUGAUUCCGACUCAUAGUGACCCAUCUAAUUUUGCUCGUCUCAAUGUCAUAAAGAAACUUUAUCCAAACCACCAGUCCCUCACCUUUCCCUACCUUAUUUUAUUAUCCCCAGUUGAGGCGUAAACAAAGUUUGUUUUCAUUGAGCAGCAAAGAACAUGAAUUUUGGGUAGCCCAAUGUAUAUAUGUAGAUUAAAAAUCUCAAGUCUUAACCUCACAAGAGUAAUUUCAUUAACCUAAAAACCAAAAUCAAACCCAUUGCUGUCGAGUUGAUUCCAAUUCAUAGUAACCCUAUAGGACAGAGUAGAACUGCCCCAUAGGGUUUCGAAGGAGCACCUGGUGGAUGUGAACUGCUCACCUUUUGAUUAGCAGCCAUAAUUCUUCUGUAGAAGGAGAGUUUUUAAGUAGAUGUUCCAGAUUUGUUAUCCUAUCAGCAUCUAGGGAAAUGAAAAGAGCUAAUGAACAGGUGUGUGUUCUGUGACUAAUGUAAUACGAAUCAUGAUUUGGCAUGUUCUCAUUAUCCUCAGUGUCUGGGAUAGCAUUUAGAAGGGGCUUUUACUCGAAAGUUAGACACCCUGGUGGCACCGUGGUUUUCUUAGGGGGAAAAAAGUGAAUAUCUAGAUACAGAUAUAAACAUUAAAUUAGAUGAAAAAAAAUUAGAUGAGCAUGGAAAAACCAUAAAGUUAUACCCCCACCCUAUUUGUCCUUGGUUCAGCCUUCACUAAGAUUUUAGUCAUAACUUGGACUACUUACAGAAUGUAUGAAAGGUUAGAAAAGUAAGCUUAUGAUUUGACCUAAUCCUUCUUAUGAUGAUGACCAGGCAGUCUUCGCUGGUGACCAUUUUUUUUUUUGAGAUAGAUAUGUGUCCAAAUAUGGGGCCACUUAGCAACUGAAGUAAACACAGGUGGACAAUUACGUAUUUGAAGGCAUGCACACAGAAACAGGUGGAGAGAAGGAAUCAAAAUCAGAGAUGUGAAAAUUAAUGGAUUAGUCAAACAAUGAAAUGAUGGCUUUUAUAGGCCUUGUUAACUGUGUCAGUAGGAUAGACCAGGGCUUUGAUCCCAUUCCAUCUGGUUUGAACUCCUGCUGAGAAUUUGCAUUUCUGCCCCAGAUAGACUAAAAAAAACACCCACUGCCAUCGAGAUAUACUAGUGGUUUUCAAAAUUGGUGCCUAACCAGCAGUAUUAGCAUCACCUGGGACUAUGUUAGAAAUGUACGUUGUCAGUAGGGAUUCAAACCUGAACAAACCAGUUCUCAAACAAUACUUUGAGGCAGUAGUUCUCAAACUUCAGCUUGCAUCAAACCAGGUGGAGAGGGCUUGUUAAAACAGAUUAAAGCAAGAACAAUAAAACAGAUUGUUGCCCCCCACCCCAGAGUUUCAGAUUCAGUAGGU